AUGACCGCAAGGAGCAAGACGAAUCAUGCACCAGUGUCGAAAACCGUGGUCAUCAAGCUAGGUACCUCUUCCAUACUCUCUGAGGACACCCUCGAGCCAAAGAUCCGGAUACUUGCAUCGCUCGCCGAGACGGUAUCGCUCUUGCGGCUGCGUGGACACAGAGUGGUCAUUGUCUCGUCCGGUGCCAUUGGUGUUGGGCGUGUAAAGAUGGGGAUUAAGGAAAGGCCAAAAAACCUUGGGGAACGUCAAGCGCUCGCUGCGCUGGGGCAGCUGCGCCUCAUGACACUCUGGGACAGCUUUUUCGGCGCACUGGGGAUCAAUAUCGCCCAGGUGCUGCUGACGCGCGCAGACAUUGCGGACAGUCCGCGCUACCAUAAUGCGCGCACGACGCUUGAAACACUUUUGUCAGGCGAUUUCAAGGCUGUGCCGAUCGUCAACGAAAACGACACCGUCUCAGUAUUCGAGAUGCGCUUCGGCGACAAUGACUCUUUAUCGGCCAUCACCGCGGGGAUCAUUGACGCAGACUAUUUGUUCCUGUGUACAGAUGUUGAUGGCCUCUAUACGGACAAUCCUCGCUCACACCCAGAUGCCUACCGCUUGCAUGUGGUGCCGGAUAUGGACAUGGCCCGGAAAGCGGCCAGUGUCAAAAGUUUGGGCUCGAAUUUUGGCACCGGUGGAAUGCAGACCAAGCUCAUCGCUGCAGAAUUGGCCACAGCAGCUGGGGUCACGACGGUGAUUUUGAAUGGUGAGCACCCUGAAAAUAUUGCGCGCAUCGUCGAAAGCGACCUGGCUUCGCAGCCGGGGGUAGAACAGAUGCAGCUCAAUGAUCCACCUCAUACGCUGUUUCUACCUAGCAAGAUACGCAUGCCCGCGCGGAAAUGGCGCAUCCUACAUGCAAUGCAUCCUUGUGGCUCGCUCUGGAUCGACCAAGGAGCGUAUGAACGUCUCUCGCGGAGAGAGUCGGGCGGUCGCUUGCUUCCUGCCGGCGUGUUGGCCGUGGACGGGACCUGGGAGCGUCUGCAGGCAGUGCGCCUGCUUGUGCGGGACGUACAGGAGGAUGGGAACUACAUCGACAAAGAAGUCGGACGAGCCUUGGUGAACUACACGUCGGUGGACUGUGAGCGCAUCAAGGGUCUGCAAAGUUCCCAAAUCGAAGAUGUGUUAGGUGCAGCAGACUCGACAUAUAUCUCAGAUCAGGUGGUGCUCUCGGCACCGGCACCCUAG